AUGACCGACCCCCUACCUCCGCCCAUUACGUCUGGGCCGGGCCAGCACCUGCGGCCGCCCAGACGCCAGUACCGUCUCUCCGAUGAGCACUCACCCAGCCGUACCCGAAAUACCGACGACCUGCUGAGCCGCCUUACGCCCAUGACCGCGGUUGAAAUGCUUCAAAUGCCCAACGCCGAGCUGAAGCAUUGUCUCGACAACUCCACCGUUAGCGAACAGGAAUUCGCUUUGCGCGCCGCAAUGGCCAGCCGCAAGAUCUACGAGUGGCUCGAGGAGCUCUCAGACUGGCCCUGGCCGGCCACCAGUGGCUCUGCCGGCUUCGAAAUGCCAAAUGCACCAAGGAUGAAACUUGACGAUGCCGCUGCCUCCGAAACAGAGUACUUGGGGUGCCUUCCGGCUAAGGAUGUGGCCCAGUACGAGCAGCGCGUGGACGGAAUCUCUCAUGACAUGGACCAGCUAUGUAUCGAGGACAUCAAGGCUCAUGUCAUGCACACACACAUCCUUCCGCUUUCGAGACCCGGGACACCCAAUAUGGAUUCGCGAUCCAUUGCGGCGGCGCUCUCUUACAACCGGAUGGACGAUUUGACGGCCCUUCUAACCGCAAUCAUUAUCCAAGCACUGCCGAAUCUGUCCAAGCUGUGUCGGCUGCUGAAAGUCUGGCACAUUCGGCUUUCUGUGCUUCGCCGCAUUCCUGCGCUGUUGACUGGAAUUGCAGAGGCGGAAUUCGCCCUGCAGUUCGCGUGGAAUGUGCUGUCAUCUCCCGCAGGAACGCCCAUCGAGGACAACCUUGAACAACAAGCGCAAGACGACUUCUCGCGGUUCAAGCACGGCUUCGCCGUGGUCAAGGGAGUGCUUGAAAAGCAAAUAACCAAAUCCGGCCGCAGCCUUGACUUCAUGCUUGACAACCUCGAGGGGUUGCAAGACACACUGCCAGAAAUCUGGCUUGACCGCAUGGAGGCCGUUGAGCGUAAGUACGCCGACUGGGUGGCCUCUGGCGAGCAAAAGAUUAGAGAAGGUGAGUGGCGGCAAAUGGCAAAAGUUCAAGUUGAGCCCUCCUUGGCUCUGCCAGCUUUCGACGAGGAUCCAAGCACUGUCACCUUACCGGUGCCCAUCACCAUUGAUCCGCCACAAGAAGAGAUGAUGAGGGAGACGAGCCACUCUGCCACUUCCAACGAGGCCACGCCAGAACAUUCCAAUGACGCAGAUGAGGACGACUCAAUCGAGCCGUCACUUUCACAGUUGAAAGCUCACAGAACAAUACAGCCGCCUGCCAGUGGCUUCGAUGGUUCCAACGAGGUGCCGAAGCCCAAACGAACCCCGUUGGCCGAGGUCCUAAAUGAAAGCACCCAAAAGACCGGCCCACCCGAAAGCAACAAGCAAUCUGUCGUAUCGAAGCUUAGAGCGGUUUUUGAGAGCAAAACGAGAUCAGAGUCGUUUCUCGACGACGUGGAGAUUUUGUCCGACACACCAGGUGACGAAGACGAGGUCCAACUGCCCCCUUUGAUCCGUCCAGACCGACGCGGCAGCGACGCUUCGGAGUUGUCGACGGUCAUCCAUGGCCACACUAGCAUGCUAGCAGACGGCUCCAGCGACAUGCCCGAAGUCUCUGCUUCACCACCUCUGCCACGUCAGAAUCGUCGUGAGACCCUGGGUCAGAAGUCCGCUGCCGGCCGUUUCAUGAGCAUCAGUCCCCCAAGCUCGCCACCGUUUCAACCUAGCAUGCGGCAUGAUGGCGUUAGUCCAAUGAUGAGGCCUCAGGAGGAGGGACUGCUGCCAGCGCUGCCUCUUGAGUCGUCUUUUAUCGAAGAGGACUACGACCACUCCUUCACCAGCGUGGGAACACCAAGAGAGUCCAACGCAUCCGACGACCACCUUCGCCAACAAAUCAGCGAUAUCUUGGAGUCCAUCCCUGCCAACAUCAAGCUGGCCAAGGCCACACCCAAAGUCGAUCUGAACCCACCACCGCCGGACCUGCCCGCGAAGAGGCUUAGAAAGCCCUCGCGGGAGACUAUUCGACGCACAGGCUCCAGCAUGUCCAUGGCGUCAAGAGCGUCCUCGCGUGCACCUACGCCAUGGCUGACCCUCGCUCCGGCAUACGCCAAGAACCCCAGGCCCAAGCGUUCCCAGGGCAGAAACGACAUCCGAGUCUACCACCUAUCCCGCUCCACCGGCGAAGCCCCGAUCAAGCUCUUCAUCCGUUGCGUCGGUGAGCACGGCGAACGGGUCAUGGUGCGUGUCGGCGGCGGAUGGGCCGACCUUGGCGAGUAUCUCAAGGAGUAUGCCACCCACCACGGCCGUCGUUCUGCCGGCCCCGUGGAGACAGCCAAGGUCGAGGUCCAGGACGUGCCGCGCGCUAGCAGCCUUGCCGCUAACUCGAGCCCUCCGAGCCGACCGGCAUCGGCACUGGAGAUGUCUCCCAUGACGCCACUCAACGUCCGAAAGUCUAGGAAGUCUUUCGGCGCUGGGGACAACUUGGGCCCAUCUGUUCCAAGACUCCUGCCCAACACGCCGGCAGUCCCACCAAUUCCGGACAAGUAUACCCCGUCCUCGGAGGACUCCAACCGGUCGCGGUCCAGCUCUCACAUCAGCUGGGAGGAAGAAAGCUCGUUCCUCGGUCUUGCGGGCCCCACAGGCCGCAAAGUCGAGAUGAGCGAAGAGAGCCGAGCGUGGGUGGAGAGCGUUAAGGAGAAGGUACGACUUGCUAGCGGCGAGACGCGCAAUACUUCUCAGUUUGGUGACAUGGGUAAGGUCGGAGGCACGAAACGGCUUUUCCGGAAGGGUUAA